AUGGCGUCGAUCCUACGACAGAUUGUCGCUGGUCCUAGACAGCAGCAUCCCGAAGCAGGCUUGGAUCUCUGCUACGUGACGGACAACUUGAUCGCAACAUCCGGUCCAUCUUCCAACUACCCGCAACGCGCAUACAGAAACCCCCUUGACGAAUUGGUCAAGUACCUCGACUCCAAGCACGGCAGCGACUGGUGCAUCUGGGAAUUCCGUGCGGAGGGCACAGGAUACCCCGAUUCUGAAGUAUAUGGCCGGAUCCAUCAUUACCCGUGGCCGGACCACCACCCGCCCCCGUUUGCUCUCCUCCCCGCCAUCACGGGGAGCAUGCGCAACUACAUCCACCGACUGGAUGAUCCCGAGUCCGCAAACAAACUAAAAAGUGACAAGCCCGACAGGGUUGCCGUCGUUCACUGCAAGGCGGGCAAGGGCCGCAGUGGGACCGUCGCCUGCAGCUACCUGAUCAGCCAGGAGGGAUGGAAGACAGAGGACGCACUGCAGCGGUUCACGGAGCGCCGCAUGAGGGUCGGGUUCGGUGCCGGUGUCAGCAUACCGAGCCAGCUGCGCUGGGUGGGAUACGUGGAUCGGUGGUCGAAUCAGCUGGAAAAGAAGUACAUUGAACGACCGGUUGAAAUCCUCGAGGUACAUGCCUGGGGCCUCCGAGAUGGGGUCAAGGUCGCCGUGGAGGGUUAUAUCGACCAGGGGAAGAGGAUCAAGCGGUUUCACCGAUUCCAUAAAACCGAGCGCACGGUCGUAGACGACGUGAAUGUGACCCUUUCCGAAAGUAAGAAUGAAAACGCACACCCACUGCAGCAGAAGGGGAGCAACAGCAACAACAGCAGCGGCGGUAGCCCCGAAGAGUCAUCAAGAUCAUCCCCGACAGGCACUUCUACCCCCGAAAAUCCGGCCUUCUCGGUCACGGCCCAUUCCGCGACUCCGACAACAACAACAUCUUCAUCAGCAGGUUCAACGUCAGCCAAGCCGCAGAAUAACCCAAUCAAGCACAUCUCCAACGCCAUCUUCCGGCCUCGGCAACCCAUCAUCAUCCCCACAUCGGACGUCAACAUUGACUUCGAACGCCGCAGCAAGGCCGCCUACACGGGCUGGGCGAUGGUCACCUCGAUCGCCCACGUCUGGUUCAACGCCUACUUCGAAGGUGGUCACGAGCACGACUCCGGGGUAUUUUCAAGCGAGUGGGACGCAUUGGACGGCAUCAAGGGUACCACCCGCAAAGGCGUUAAGGCCCUCGACCGCGUCAAAGUCGUCUGGCGCUACGCCUCCUCCCAGCAACACGGUAGUGGUGAGAGGAGUAGCAUCGACCAUAUGACCAAUAACGGAGCCACAACCGUAGACGAAGGUCAACCCAUCACCGAGCCCAAACCUGGGGAGCCAGCCCCCGAAAUUCAGCCCCCGGACUGGCAUAUCCAUGCAACCGACUCCGACCAACAGGAGAAUCUAGACCCCGCGGAAGGUGGUGGUAGUGCUCCGAGGAACCUGACUUCUUCUUCCUCCUCCAAAAAGGACCACGGCCACCAUAAACACAAGCACGGACAUAAAUCUUCGACAGCGUCGGACCAUUCAAUCGCCGCAGAGCUGACGGCCACAGCUGCAGCGUCGAUCCAGGACUGGAGCAAACAUCUCGGGUUACGCAAGCAGACGGACGAGAGUAAGGAUGUCAGUCUGGCGGGGAGCGAGGAUGAGGUGAGAGAGUCCGGGGAAGGAGAGUUGAAGACGACGACGAAGACGUGA